AUGUCAGACGUUGCAGAGACCUACGACCACACCGGCAAGCCAGUCAAACAUGGUCGAGCCCGUGUCAAUGGUAUCCGCUUGCACUACAUUACAGCCGGCCAAGGACCAGCACUUCUUCUUCUUCAUGGCACUCCCAAGAACAGUUUCUACUGGUAUCGGGUCUUCCCACUACUUUCAGAGCACUUCAUCAUUGUUGCUCCUGAUCUUCGCGGAUUCGGAUAUACCGACAAGCCUCCUACGACCGACGGCUAUGACUCCAAGGAACAAGCUGCAGAUGUAGCAGACUUGAUGACGCAGCUUGGACAUGAGAAGUUUUAUCUACAUGGCGAAGAUCGUGGGGCAGACUAUGCGUACGCCGUUGCUGGAAUAUAUCGGGAGCGUGUGCUGAAGCUUUCCUUUUGCGAAAUGCUUCUCUCCGGAUUAGGUCUUGAAGAAUCUUCUUUCUGGACGCCGGACAAUGUCUCUGCACAGUACCGUAAAGACGGGGUCUGGUGCUGGCAUCUCGGAUUCUUUGCCAUCCCACACAUCCCCGAAAUGCUAAUCCAAGGCCACGAGCGGGAAUUCUGGGAAAUGUUCAUCAAGCAGGAAUGCUACAAUCCAACGCUGAUCGAGCCAAAAGCUCUGAACCACUGGAUCGAAUGCGUCAAGCAACCUGGAGCUCUCCGGGGUAUUUUGGAGACUUACCGAGCCGGCUUCAAGAACGGCGACAUUAACAAAGAACUCGCAAAGACAAAGCUCACGAUUCCGGUCAUGACUAUUGGAGCACCCGAGUUCUUCGGUCCGAAAGUUGAGGAGUGCGCUCUCAAGUUUGCUGAAAGAGUCACGAAGAGCGAGAUCUAUGAAGAGUGUGGGCAUAGUCUGGCGCUUGAGAAGCCGGAAAGGCUGGCAAAGGAUUUGAUCGAAUUCUUCUUGGGCGACUGA